GAUCUUUUGGUGUCAAAAACCUGUAUCUUCAUCACCAUAUGAAAGUUAAGUUGGCAGGUUCGACGAUCUGUUACAUACUUUAAGUGAGACUUACACACACCGAGAGUAAAAUUGGGUUUACUUGUCGCAAGAUUUGUUUACAAAUUAUUUAAUUUAAACGAGUUUACCUGUCACAAAAGCAGUACAACAAUAUGAAAUUCGCCGUGUGUUUGAUAAUAUUUGUUAUGUUUGAAACUAGUGAAAGUGCUCCUUUUCCUCCAAGUAUACGAAAAGGAGUUGAAUAUCUUCUCCCAUCUCGACUUUUCUACAAGCCCAAAAAAUCUACGCCGUAUUCCGGAGAGUCAGUCGAACAGGUGCAAGGUGAGUUGCCUAACCGUGUAAAAUUUCACGAAUUACAAGAUGGGUCAAGUUCGGAAGAAAUUGUUACGCAUAGUGCUCAACAUUCUGACCCAAGACAACCUUAUCGCGAUGGGGCGACUCGCUUCUUCCCAAAAAAUCAACACGAUUCAGGGGAAGAUGUGCAAGACGAUGUACAAGAUGACCUUGAGGUAAAAUCCCGAGAUGAUGAAAGCGACGAGGAAAACGAUGAAGAUAAAGAGAAGGAAGAUGGUGCUGGUGAAGAUAUGGACACUGAUGUCGAAUACAGUCCUAUAUUUCCGGUGUCAACUUGGCCAGAGUCGUCUUAUGGGUCACGAAGGCGGUCAAAUAUUCCUAUUGCAUUUAAUGCACAAGGCUCAUCAAGAGGAUUUUUAUACUUAUCUGGACAACAAAUAACCAAUUUUAAUGGAAUGGGGUUCUAAAACUUUUAAGCGAGUUGAUAAAUACAUAUUUAGAGAGAACAAGCGUGUAUUAAGAAGCAAUUAAGUACAAUAAACCGAUUUUGCAUUGACUUCGGUCAAUGUAUUCGUGUAUUGCAAAUAAAUUCGCAUGACUUUGUCCAGAA